ACACACACACACACACACACACACACACACACACACACACACACACACACACACACUGGGAACCCUCCCACCGGCAGCCAGAUAGGGCUGGCUUAUAUGCGGAAGUUUCAGUUCCGCUCAGUCCAGUUAACUUUGAAACCGAGAACGGACGGACUAAAGUCACGCUUCUCUCUCUGCGCAUCAGACCGGCUUCACAAGGCAACGUUAAUCAUGAGCAGCAGCUACAGCGUCUCCCUGGCUGGCCCUGCCCCCUGGGGCUUCAGACUGCAGGGGGGGAAGGACUUCUGUCUGCCCCUCACCAUCUCACGGCUGACCGAUGAUGGCAAGGCAGCCAAAGCCAAGAUGAAUAUUGGAGACAUCAUUCUGUCCAUUAAUGGCAUUUCCACAGACAACAUGAAUCACCUAGAGGCACAGAACAAGAUUAAGGCCUGCACAGGCAAUCUCAGCCUCACUCUACGAAGACCCUCCAGUGCCCCUAAAGAUGGCUUGCCUAAGGAUGAACCACAAGAAAUCAUUAAGCCUGUCCCAAUCACUCACUCUGCCCCAAGCACCACAUACACCAAGCCAUCAAGUCAGCCCAGUCCUGCAUACAACAAGACAGCCCGGCCUUUUGGCGGGGGCAGCAGUGUGGUCACAGCUUCUUCCCCGGCUGCCCCCUCCAUUCCCUCACAAUCAUCCGCUUUUAAGCCAGCUGCCCCUUCUCAACCAGCACAGCCUCCAUUUCUGCUGAAGUCAACCGUCCCUGCCCCAGACACAGCUCCAGCCAACUCACUUCCCAGGCCCAGCCCUGGUCGCUCCACCUUCCCCUCCCCGUCUGCCUCUUCCUCCUCAUCUAACUCAUCCUCUCCAGCCAGAGUGACAGCCCCCUCCUCCAAUCCAAAUGUCCCACAGCCCUCUGUCUAUAACACACCUAUCAACCUCUACUCCAAUACCAAUGCUUGUGAAGUGGUCAUGGGACAGAGACGAGGUCUUGUGGAGAGCCAGGGGCUGCCGGAGCACUUCAAUGGAACACCUCCAGCUAGACCUAGGAGGAAACCUAAUGUGGAGCCCGAGGGUCAUGCUUCCCCACUGAGUGACGCCAGCAAGAAGCGUCUGAUCGAGGACACAGAGGACUGGCACCCACGCACCGGCACCUCCCAGUCCCGCUCCUUCCGUAUGCUAGCUCAGCUCACCGGGACAGAAAAUGAGCAAGCUCAAGAGAACAGUGGAAAGAAUGAGGCAGUUGACAAAACCACUCCUGCUGUUCACACCAUGCCUGCAGCAAAAACAUUUUCCAAAUCUGCAGCAUCCCCCAGGAAUGGCAAUGUCAUCCCUGCUUCCACGUUCAAGAGCCCAGCAGCCCAGAAGAAAGCUUCCUUCCAGCCUGGAGGCCCACCAGGUUUUCCUAAGGGUGGAGCAGCCCCUUCAUUUGGUAAAGUUACCAACCCUGCACCCAAAGGUCCAGAUCGCCCCACCCCACAGCCACAUCCACAGGACCUCAACUCUCUGGUGCAGCGGGCAGAGCACAUCCCAGCCGGGACACGCACCCCAAUGUGCAACAAGUGCAACACUGUCAUCAGGGGCCCAUUCCUCGUGGCCAUGGGCAUGUCAUGGCACCCCGAGGAAUUUAACUGUGCUCACUGCCACUCCUCCCUGGCAGAGCAUGCAUUUGUGGAGGAGAAGGGCCAGGUGUACUGCGAACGUUGCUACGAGCAGUUCUUUGCUCCCACUUGUGCCUGCUGCCACCAGAAGAUUAUGGGGGAAGUCAUGAAUGCCCUGAAACAGACCUGGCAUGUGUCCUGUUUCAUCUGUGUCGCCUGCAAACAGCCAAUCAGGGGCAACACCUUUCACAUGGAGGAUGGACAGCCAUACUGUGAAAAAGACUUCUACAAACUGUUUGGGUCCAACUGCCACGGCUGUGACUACCCCAUCGAGGCAGGGGACAAGUUCCUGGAAGCUCUAGGAUUCACCUGGCAUGACACCUGCUUUGUGUGUGUGGUCUGCUCAACUAGUCUGGAAGGUCAGGCGUUCUUCUCCAAAAAAGACAAGCCUUUGUGCAAGAAACAUGCCCACACUGUUAACAUCUGACCUACCCCGCAUGAAUAUGAUUAGGGUUAGGGCUACGGUGUCAGUUUACAUCAAUUUAUAUUUCAUUUUCAUAACUAUUUUAAUAACUAACAUUGGAUCAGAGGAUCCACUAUAAGCUUUAUUUUUGCUCUUAUACUGUUAUCUCAUGUCAGUUAUUUGUGCUGAAGGUGUGUUGAGCUCUUGAUGGGCAUUGUUUCACACAGAAUAGGAUAGUUUACUGCAAUGACCUACUGAGCCCCUCGGGGGUCACAUAUUAAAAAAAGCUAUUGAUGUGGAAAGGUGUGCUAUUAGUAAAGCGAGUGAAAGGUUUAGAAAUUAUAAUUAUUUAACAUUAAGAGGAAAAAUUAUUUAUUUGUGAGCGAGGAUUACUCAGUCAACAUGUGUUCUAGCAACAAAAAGAUUUCUGGCUUUUAUAAUAAAAAUGGGAAAUUUUAAUAUUAUAUAGUUAUUUUUUAUUGUUUUAAAGUAAUGUGGUGUGUAACUAUACAGCAGUGUGUAAAAUAGACACUGUACAGCUCAAGUUUCAUUGUUAAUGCAUCAAAAUGAUAUGCAAGGCUAACGUCUGGUUAUUUCAAAGACAACUCCAUAAUAGAUCAUGAGUAGUGUUGUUUCUGUAUAUUUUGUUGUGCCUAUAGUUUGAGGGGUA